GAUAUAAAGAUGUCAUCGAUAGCAACAGGAGCUUCAAAGACAUUAAGUUCAUCAUUCCAACAAUUGCUGAGGAAGAAGACAUUUAGACAUAUCCCACAUGGACUGUUGACACAGUUCCCAGAGUAUAUUGUAGAGUCACUGCCAGACAAUCUGAUCAAGGAGUUGCCAUCAGUGCCUGCAGGUUUGGUAAAGAUCACAUUGCACAAGAGUCCAUUCCACGGCGAUCCCGAGGUGCGUGGCACCAUCGCUGCACUGGGUCUGAAGAAGCGUCAUAGAUCAAUCGUUCACAAGAACACUCCACAGAUUAGAGGAAUGAUUCACAGGGCAAGAACCCAUGUUACCGUUGAGGAAGUACCAUUG